UGCAUCAAAUAUGGCGUCAACCAUGGCGUCGAAAACAUGCUCUUUCGUUUCGCGGUGGAAGCAUUUAUUACGACAGCCGGCUACUAACGCAAAGUCUUGGACGCUUCAUGCUAAAAGGACAUGCGCAAACACAAGCGGAACCGAUCCUUACAAGUGUGCCGAUAAAAUAGACAUCGAGGCCUUGUUCAUCAGCCCUAAAGUGCAGAACUUUCUUCAAAAGCUUGCGGGUUUUGACAUCGAUAAAGUCUUCGCACCAAUUCCUGUGCCGUUGAACACGCCGCGCUACAAGUUCCUCACCGAUGAACAACUUGAGCAGGAACUACAAGAUGCCCACCAUCGUGCCCGGCAAAAGCUGCAGAUGCCACCAGUGCUUCGAGAACGCAAACCGUGCGAGAAAGUACUUUCCAAGGAUCCUGAAAUUCAGGGCUUCACUAGUAGCUCAUACAUCUUCACCGACAUUUCUUAUGGCUACAAAGACCGGGAGCGCCUGAUUGUCGUACGAGAACCCGAGGGUGUACUACGCACCGCCAACUGGGAGGAGAGGGAACGCAUGCUGCAGACCUACUUUACUAAUAAGCACAAGUCCUUCUACAUGCCCAAGAUGUUUGAGCCUGGUUAUUUACAGGAUGUCUUAGACAAGCAGUGGUAUCGGUUUGUGUUGGACAGGGCCUGUAUUCAGUUUGAGCCCGACGAUGCCAAUUACAUCAGGGUUACGCACGCCACUUACGACCACAUCGAUGCCAAGCGUGGCUUCCAAGAGCUGCGGUCGACGCGGCACUUUGGCCCCAUGGCUUUCUACCUGGCCGUCGUCGGCAAGGUGGACAACCUGCUCAUCGACCUGUUGCAGAGGGAGAUGAUCGAAGACACUGGUCACCUACUGAGGCUGUUCUAUCACAUACAUCCGCCGGCCGAUGGCACACAAGUGGAUGAAAACACAGAAAACAUUGAACUCCUCAAGUUCUACAUAAGGAACAACUCCCAGAAACGAAGCCACAUGGAGCUGGCCCUGCAGACCUACCUAGAGAUUCGCAGCAGCCGAGAAGAAACAGAGAAGAACCUGGCCUCUGCAAGGGGGCACUCGUAAUUAGCCACGCAGAAUAAAUGUAAUUAUAGUAGAAC